CUGUUUGGACUGCGAAUUUUGUGCAAUUUGAAAUUGUUUUGAAAAUAAGUUUUUGGACACUUUCUGUUAAACUCAAGGGUUCUGGCUUCCGAGAUUGCUACCCAAAUAAUGCAAAGAUACUGGAAGAACUGACCUCGAAUUAAUUUUGACGACAAAACCAAGUGUUAAAAGCAGCCUUUGUCCAAUCUCUGAUACGUAUCUGAGUUUUCAAGAAGUUCAUUUAUUUAUUUGCUAAACUUCUUGGGGUAAUUGAUGAGACUUUCGUAAGCCAAAUCGACGAAUCGAAGCAGAAAAAGAACGAAACUUCGAUGAAUUUUCACUAAACUAUGUUUUGGGAAAAGUUUGCCAGGAAAUGCAUAUCGAGAAAGUGACACUGGACAAAAAUGAAUAUUUCUACAGCAAUGGGAUCUCAGGCCUUAUUUCGUGAAAUCCACAAGAAUACUUGGCUAAAACGCAUAAAUGGUGAUAAUCGAAAGACUACAGUUAUUAAUACAAAAAAAUCCGAGAAAUACUGGGUGGUAUUUUGUGUACAUGAUGACACAUUUGCCCUUCUCGAAGGCUAUUCGGAGCCCAAAUUCGCUCCCAGUCAUAUUCCCGAAUGGACUAUUCCCUUGCAAACGACGCAACACAUAUCACACGCUUUAGUACCGCAGGAGAAUGAGUUUGAAUUCGUGAUAACUUUGAUGAAUGAUGUGGCUCGCUUCAAUGCACCUUCGUGGGAAUUGAUGCUAGAGUGGGUGGAGGCACUCCGUUCCAAGUUACGUGAGAUGAAAAUUUUGUCGCCCAAGGAAAAUGUUUAUUCUAAAUUACCGGAAAUUCGGGCUCCGCUUUUACCGACGAGAGAUCCAACGUCUCCCUUACCCGUUCUUCCGCCAGUUCCGGCGGCAAUUGUACCGGGAAUCGAGCGACUUUACCCUCCUAGCACCCAGUCAUCGAAUCAAACACGAACAAGCAGCACUGCGCCAAGUAACGGAUCUGAACGAAUUGCAAUGUCAAAUACAAAUGUGCAAAAUAUAAUGAAUUUAUUGUCGAAUCCGUUGGAAGCUUAUAGUACGAACCACCACACAAAUGGUGAAGCGGAAAAUCCUGUUCCAGAUAUACAACCUAGUGUUGCAGAAAAUAUUCCAGAAGCCACGAGUGAUGAAAUUGAGAACAAUUUGGAGAAUGAAGAGGAGCCCGCUGCCACAAAUAUCACGAUAAUUCAGGUGUCGACACCGCCAAGCGAGAAAAAGACUCUUUUUGAAUUCACCGACGAGGAGUUCCCCGAUGAGGAAUAUCGCAGCAACGUUCAAAUAAUUCCGUCCAAUCCUGCACCAACUACGUCUCUUGCUGAGCCCUCCACUAGCAAUACCAAUAAUAAUGCCACCACCACUGAGAUAGCGGUAAAAGGCAAGCCAAAUAUCUACAAGACGCCACACAAGAGUAAAACGAAAAUCACAAAUAACGCACAAAAUGCCACAAAAGUGUCGACCACCGUGCAAGUUUCCAGUGCGACGAGCGAGUACGGACAAGUGUUUGCUUGUAGCACCACUAGUAGUGCCACGACUGUCGUUGAUAUUCACUCUGCAAUGCCUUCUAGUCAUCAAGAGACGCCGCCGUCGCUUCCAACCACACAACAUUACGAGCAAAUUUUCUUAUCAACAUCUGCUCCGGCAUCGAAUGCUCGUGAUUUGGAGGAACCAUCAACCUCCACUGGUGUCCGAGUUGCUUCACCUCCAAAACUUGCCGCUAAAAGAUCAGUGGAAGUGCAAUCAAAUGCGGCAAAUCGUCCGAAUGUGCUGCAACGCGGUCUCACAGAGGUCAGCAUAACACGUCCAAGUAGACGUGAUGAACCCACGACGGCGCAACAAUCGGCAAAUAGUCGAAGCAGAGGACCCGGUGCCAGCAACAAAAACACUCCGGGAAGCCAAGUCGACAAAUUUCGUGGCGAAAAUCAUGGACAACGACAACGGAGUUCCUCGACGUCGGACAUGCAUGCGGGAAAUCGUGCCAGAUCGAUUUUGAGUCCCGUCGCAUUGCCGCAACAAAAUCACGCGAGAUUGCAACCGGCACCGCAACCAUAUCGAUCGGCAAAUCCGCUGUCGGAAAACGGCACACGGAUGACGCUGCGGGAACAACAAGUGAUGCAUAUGCGACGAGAGAUGAUGCACCCCGGAGGUGUUCGUCUGCAAUUACGUCGAAAGGACUGCUGCGGCAGUAUCGCAUGGAUUGAUGCCUUUGGAGGUGUAUGGGUGGCAGGUUGGAAACAGAAAGAGCAUCCAGUGCUUUACAAUGCUCUGCAUAUCGGGGAUCAAUUGUUGUCGGUGGCUGGCCAGCAAGUAACUUCCGCCGCUGAAGCUAACAAACUUAUUCGAGCAUGUCAGGGAUUAUUUGUCGAAAUGAUUAUUCGACGAGUUCCCUUUGGACGCGUUUAUGCAAUUAGACGAGAGCUGGAAGCACAAUGUCUCGGACUCAUUCGAGAUGGAAAUACAGCGACGAUUGUUGACGUCGUUCCAAAUAGUCUUGCUGCCCGGUUUGGACUGCCACCAAAGGCAAAAACUGUCGAUGGACUAAACCUAACUUUUUGGGUUUUAACGGAAAUAAAUGGACGACCAUUAAAUCUGUUUUUCAAAGAUACGGAAAUUAAAGACCGUCUUAAUUCAGUUGGCCGAGAUAUCUCAAUAUUGGUCCAACCAUCAGAUCUUAUAACAAAAUUAAAGAAACAACUCAAGUCAUUAAGAAGCUAUAAAGACUUUAUCGUGCAAUAAACAACAAAAACAUAUUUAGAAGAGUAAUUUCAAGAAUCAAAACUAUUUGUAUGAAAUUAUUUUUUACUUUUUAUCUCAAAUUUAUUCAAAGCAAAACUGUACAGUUGAAAGUUUAUGUAAUAUUUAUUCUAACAAAAAAAAAAUGUGUAUCUAUUUAUUAUUUACUUUUAUUUACGAAUAAAGAAAUUUAGAAUGGUGUGAUUUAAUAAGAUAAAGAAAGCAGAAGUGAUUUGAUAGGAUAUUUUAGAUAAAAUUUAAAGAAAAAAAUAUCAAAGUAGUGCUAAAUAAAAAUUUUAUAAUUUUACAAUAUUCUCGAAACAGCUAAAAAAUCCGUCGAAUAUUUAUUUAUAAAAAACAGUAUUAUAACAAGAGCACAUUUGAAAAGUAAGUGACCAUCGUCAAAUUAGCCAAAUACAAGCAAAUGUCAUAAAUCAGGUCUUCAAAACGUAGCAAAUGAAGUAACGGAAGAGUGAAAACUUUUAUUCUAGAAAAAAUAAAUAGUACAAACUAAAUUUUACAAGACUAACAUAAUAAAAAAAAACAUCCUCACGCAAUUUUAUAUCCUUUUGACCUUUUAUAGCAAAAUUAGAUAGUAUUUAGGUGCCUUCUUAAAUAUACGUAUAGGUAUUGUAAAAGACAAGAAGAAAACAGUGGAAAACAUUUGACUACCCAGAAAACAACUUGAGACAUUAUCUUUGACGUAAAUAAUUCUAGAUACAAUUAAUAGAUUAGACAUAAGUCUGGUAACGAUGUAUUGCGAAACGAUGUGUCAUGUACAAUUUCAAAGGCUAAUUGAAUAGAGAAAUAAAGAAAAUGAAAAGAUUUUGUA